AAAAUGACUUCUUUCUAUAUCAUCCUCCCUUCAAACACAAAUGUUGAUGGAAACAGGACAAACUCCUUUAGAGUUCGUCUUCCUCGUAAGCUACAAUUUAAUUCGGAGUGGUAUGUGGGCUUGACUGUUAUGGUCUACCCUCACUCAUGGCCUUCGAUAGGGACUAGUACUGAUCAAUUUGUAACUGUAACUUGGCAAAGUGGUGAGGUUGUCCGCGUAGCUGUUCCCUCUGGCAAUUUGGCUAAUCCCCAACAGCUCAAGGAAAGCUUAGACAGGUCUUUAAGUGAAGGGUGUGAAACAUUUGCUGAGAAUUUACGGAUUACUGAAAUGGAAUACAAGAAAAGAAUAAAGGAGCUUAAAACAAAAUCAAAAGAAGAGUUUAAGAGACAAAGAGAGGGGAAAAGAAUAGAAUUAAAUGCAACUGAAAUACAAGAGGGGGAUAUCAAGUCAGAGAAUGAAAUUUAUGAGGAGAUGUUAAGGGAUUUUAACACGAGUCUUGAUGAAAAUACUAAAAAAUUAUUAUCUUUAACCAGAGAAACUGGUUUUGAACCAUGGCUUCAAGUUUAUCGUAAACCAGGAAUUGCUUGUGCCUUUGAUUUUCAUUCCUAUAAAAAUCGUUUUUCUCUAUUUGUAGGUAGAAAAUAUGUAAAGAAAGUUGAGAUUACAGAACAAUUAGCUUAUAUUCUAGGAUUUGACAAAACUAUAUUGAAUGAAUCAACUCUUGCAAAAUUCAUGCCAGAUAUGAGUGGAGGUGUCUCUUGCUUUCAUCUCCUGUACUACGCAUUGUGACAAUUCGAG